AUGAGUUCUGAUGAAGAAUCGACGUGGGUGCUCCGUAAUCAUAUAGCAGAGAUGGAAGAGCCUAAACAGAAUGAUGAGAAUCUUCUGGAAACUCUUCAUUACAUGGAUCAGGCUUCAAAAAUUAUUUGGGAUCUCAAUUCAAACAAUGGCAUAGAAAUAUCAUGCAAAUUAAAUGAGCUAAUUAAAUCUCAAAAAAUAACUAUCGAUAUUGUCCUUUUUAUCAUUGAUUCUUUCUCAAUACUAAGGAAAAAAGAGAUAAAUUUAUUUACUGAAUUUUAUUUACAAAUGUCAAAUGGAGUAACCUCAUACAUUGAGCCAGUAAACAAAAGAUUAAAAACAUUAUUGCACUAUAAAGGUCUCAAAUUUCAUAACUUUGAGCCAAAAUGUAGUGAAGAAGACAUACCCAAUUUGUAUGAUAAAGAAAGUCCAUUAUAUUAUAUUGCAUGGGACAAAGUUGAUGAACUUAAAAGUAAAUUUCCAGAUCUUGAUGUUGAUGUAGCAAUAAAAAAUAAAAACUUAGAUAAUAAAUGUACACCACUUGAAUGUGCUUGCAAGUAUGGAUCAGAGCUAUGCUUCUUUUAUUUCAAGAAUAUAGGUGCUGAAUAUACAAAAUGUUGUGCAGAAUAUGCAGUUAUUGGUGGGAAUUUUACAAUAUUUGACCAAAUGAUAGAUGAUGAGCAAAAUUUUGAUUACAUGGUAAAUAUUGCAUUGAAAUAUCAUCAUUAUGAAAUUGCAGAUUACCUUAAAGAGAAUUUUAAACAAGAAAAAAUCUCUAUAGCCGAAUGUAUGUAUUUUGGAAAUUAUGAUAUCGCUUCCAGUAGACUAUUAAAUUGUGGAUUCGUCGAUUCUGAGUGUAUUUUAUUUCUUCUAAUGUUUAUCAUUAAUUGA